AUGGAUCACAAACGUGCUACCGUCCGUCCCCGAAGGGCGGGCGAAGCUUUCGCCCGCACCCACCACCUCGACAAUGACGACAACGACGACCCUACCACCUCGGCGGCCAACAAAAAGGUCAAAUUUGAUGACGCUUUCCUCGACGCGGAUGUCAUCGGAAAAUCGUCCGCGUCUACUACGAAGCGCGGUGCGGUCAACAUUGACGGCUUCGAUAGCGACUCGGAUGAUGUGGAUGAGUUCAAUGCGCGCGCGCAGCAAAGGAGGAAGAAAAAUGUGGAUAUCAAUGAAGCUUUUGCUCAAUACGACCCCAACGAUGAUGGAACGACCAAGCCAGCCAAGAGCUCAAAGGAGGAUGAGGAUGAGGAUGAGGAUGAAGAUGACGUGAAUAUGUUUGCGGAUAGCGAUGAUGAUGAUACCAACAACAAGAAGAGGAAAGGCGCAGGAGACGAUGACCCGGAGUUCUACGCGAGACCCCGAAGUACCAGUGGCGGGGCUAUCCACAUCGAUGGCGACGAGAGUGAUGACGAUGAAGAUGAGGAAGUGGUCAUGAAAGAGGACGACGAGGCGUGGAAGGACGACGUUAUCGAUGAAGAGGUCGGCGCCGGUGGCCGCAAGAAGCAUGCCCCCAAGAUUGAAGCGUUCAACCUGAGGGAGGAGCUCGAGGAGGGCCGCUUCGACCAGAACCAAAACUAUGUCCGAAACGCUGUGGACCCCGAUGCCGUCCACGAUCGCUGGCUCGACGGCGUCAGUAAGAAGCAGAUGAAGCUGGCUGCCGUCGCCCGCGAGCGGCGCGAGGCCGAGGCCGAGAAGCAGCGCAUGGAAGAGGACAGCCUCCUGACCUCGGACCUCCUAGGCACCUUGAUCAAGAAUCUCGAGCGGGGUGAAACUGCCCUCGAGGCGCUCGCCCGCCUCGGCCGGCGGCAAAAGCGCGAGAAAAAGGUACCCAAGUGGAAGCUCAAGAAACAGAGCACCAUGGACACGGACGAAGCGCCAGCCCAGGACCCCGAGCAGGAACUCAUCAGCUCCUCCAUCUCCGCCAUCACCGACGCCGCCGAUAAGCUCUUUAGCCGCGACCACGCCGAGAUUUACGACGAGGAGCGGGAGCUCCUCGUCCGCCUGUACAAGAGGGAGACUGGCCAGGACUGGGUCGACCCUCCCGCGCAGCCCGAGGACGGCUUCGCAUCGCAGCCAGGGCCCACGGCGCCGAAAUUGUGGGAGUAUCGCUGGGUUGACGGCCGAGGAGACGGUUCGCGCCAGGGGCCGUUUGACGGACCGACUAUGAAGGCGUGGCAGGACGCCGGCUACUUUGGGGACGGGGUAGAGUUUUGCCCGGCUGGCGACGAGGGCAACUGGAGUAGGAUAGCCAAUUUUGUAUGA